AGAGUGAGAACCCUGACGGGGAAGGAGAUCGAGUUGGAUAUCGAGCCGGACUACAAGGUCUCCCGCAUCAAGGAGCGCGUCGAAGAGAAAGAAGGCAUCCCGCCCGUCCAACAACGCCUGAUCUUUGGCGGCAAGCAAAUGAACGAUGACAAGUCCGCCUCCGACUACAACCUCGAAGGCGGGAACACGCUGCAUUUGGUCCUCGCGCUCCGCGGUGGC